AUGUCCUUGGAGGCAGACAGCGACAGAGAUUCAUCAGGAGGCGCACAUGACAAACAUCCCCGGGCGGCGUUGGAGCGCAGCGGCUACGUGAAGACAUGUGUCACUCCGCUGCACCGGGACGAGCGGAGCCAGUCGUGGCUGAGACUCUCCGCGAUAUGGACUUGCAGAAGAGUGUCCUCUGCUGUCUGCGUCGCCUCCGUCUCCGCUCUCCUUGCUCUGCUGCUCAGAUUGGUCGAGUGGGAUGCAAGCAGCAGCAGCAGUGGAAAUAGUAGCUGCGUCGGCUCUCGUUUCCACUCAACGGCGGGCUGCACCGUGGAGCUGCUUCUCACUGCGUGCCACUGCGUCUUGCCUGUUUUUACACUCGUAAGUGCCUUCUUCUGGGUCUGGCUCUGCUUGAUUCGCUGCGGGCUGCUGAUCCGGAGCGCGCUCUUCCUGUUAGCGGUGUGCCACCUGGGCGAAGCCGCGGCGCAGUCGCUGCUGCGCGGCGCGGAGGAGUUGUCGUCCCUGACCGCAACCCUGGUAGUCCUCGGCUGCCUGGGCGGCGGGGCUCUGCUUGUCGUCCGGCCGGGACAGGGAGUGUCCAUCCUCGUCUUCAUUAGCGUCAUCAGGGCCGUGUCCCUUCUCUCUCUAAGCAGGGUCCGGGCCAGUUGGAGACCCUACCUGGCCUACCUGCUAGGGCUGCUGGGGGUUUUGCUUGCGAGGUAUGCUGACCGGCUUUUGCCGGCCUCAGGGACCAGCGGGACGGGGUGCUGUAGCUCUGUGACCGGGGCGAAGGAGGAGGACAUCCCUGUCUUCAAAAGGAGACGGAGGUCCAGCUCCAUAGCGGCCUCGGAGAUGAUGGCUCACAGUCAGAGCAACAGCAAGUCCCACCGCAGGACUUCACUGCCCUGCAUUCCGCGGGACCAGUCCUUGGGCACCAGCGUGGUGGUGGACAUCGCGGUGAUGGGAGAAGCCCAUGGUAUGAUCUCAGACCUGCUGGCCGACCCCUCCCUGCCUCCGAACACCUGCAGCUCUCUGAAAGCUGUCAGCAACCUCCUCAGCACCCAGAUCAACAUCCAGCCGCUCCAUCGGCCCCGCAUCCCCACAGAACCCCACGCCUGUUCCGACUCAGAGGAUGGGCCGGAAAGACCCGAGAGAUUGGCCAUUCCAAAGCGUCUCAGAAGGAGUCUGCCCCCAGGAUUGCUGAGAAGAAUUUCAUCCACCUGGACCACGACCACUUCAGCCACGGGGCUGCCCACCAUCGAGCCGGGCCCCGUACGGCGAGAUCGCUCAGCCAGCAUCAAACACACUGUGGACAGCGGUGAUUCCUGGAACAACCCAUUGAUGAUAACUAUCUCAAAGAGCCGCUCCAUGUCUGCCUCCUACACUGCCCCUGGCACUUCCAACCACCUUUACAGCAAACCACUGGGAAGACCAGGUUUCCCUCCCUCCAACGUAUCACCUCUGGGCUCGCCAUGUCCAUCUCCUCCUGUCCAGGGAACGCCCAUCUCCAGUCCGACGAUAAAAACGUGUUCAGUUCAGCUUCCUGAGCUGGCCAGGCCACUGACAGAGCAGGUUCCUGUGUCUGUUGCCCCCAAGAGCCAUCACACAGUCUUAACUCACAGCCAGAGUGCGCCAAGCUCCACCACCAUUCACUGGCGACCUCCAUCACUCUGCGGCAGCUGCGGCAGGCCGUUCAGCAAUCGACUAAUCAAUGGAGUAGAAUCAGGCAGUAAACAGGACAGAAUACCGCAUCCAGAUGAGCGCAUUGUAGCUUCCUCAGAUUACGACAGCACCUAUGACAGCACUUAUGAGACCAACCACAGUGACAGCAGCGACUUUGCACAAAACGACGACGAAGGAGAAGGAAGCAAGAAGCCGCCUGAAGUAAGGGGAGGCUGUAGGGAGUGUCCGCCGGAGUGCAUUGUUCUUCACCCACUCCUACCAUCCCCAGAGGACAAGUCAGCGUCUGCCCCAGAGAGUCCAGUCAUGCCGGGUCUGGAACCCCUGAUGAGUCAGCUCAACAAUUGGAACUUCCCCAUUUUCAGCCUUGUGGAGAAGACUCAUGGCAAAACAGGCUGCAUCCUCAGCCAGGUGACCUAUCGGCUUUUUGAGGACACUGGCCUGUUUGAGACCUUCAAGAUUCCCAUUAAAGAGUUUAUGAACUACUUCCAUGCCUUGGAGAACGGCUACCGGGAUAUACCUUAUCACAACCGGAUCCAUGCGACUGAUGUGCUGCACGCCGUGUGGUACCUCACCACCCAGCCUGUGCCGGGCCUGCCCAUCCUGCCCACUGAGAACGGGAUUCACACUGAUUCGGUGAACAACAUUACGUCUAGAGCGCCGGGCUUCCUGGUUUCCAAGAUGAGCUCUGUGUUGGAAGACGGCUACAGCUCCCUGUCUGGUCUAAUUCCAGCCCUGGAGCUCAUGGCCCUCUAUGUAGCUGCCGCUAUGCAUGACUACGACCACCCUGGAAGAACAAACGCCUUUCUGGUUGCCACAAGCGCACCACAGGCUCUUCUGUACAACGACAGGUCGGUGCUGGAAAACCAUCAUGCGGCUGCAGCGUGGAACCUCUUCAUGUCUCGACCAGAGUUCAACUUCCUGGUGAAUCUUGAACACGUGGAGUUCAAGCGAUUCCGCUUUCUUGUCAUUGAAGCAAUCCUGGCUACUGACCUCAAAAAGCACUUUGACUUCCUCGCUGAAUUUAAUGCAAAGGUGUGUGAUGAAGGAGUAUCUGGCAUUGACUGGACCAAUGAGAAUGACCGAUUACUGGUGUGCCAGAUGUGCAUCAAGCUAGCUGAUGUCAAUGGACCUUUGAAGAAUAAGGAGCUACAUCUGCAGUGGACAGAAGGGAUUGUCAAUGAGUUCUAUGAACAAGGUGAUGAAGAAGCAACUUUAGGCCUUCCUAUCAGCCCAUUCAUGAACCGGUCUGCCCCCCAACUCGCCAAACUACAGCAGUCAUUCAUCUCCCACAUAGUGGGACCACUGUGCUCCUCCUACGACUCUGCUGCUCUCAUGCCAGGGCGCUGGGUGGACCUGUCUGAAGAGGCAGUUGAGAUAGAUGUGGAAAAGGAAGAACAAGAUACAGAAGAGGAGGACACGGCGGAUGAGGAGGCGUCAACAGGUUCCGAUGGGUCCCAGCGGCAAGAAGCCAAAAAGCUGCGCGGACGGAAGAUCUUUUGUCAGAUCACACAGCAUCUCCUGGAAAACCAUGAAAUGUGGAAACGUGUCAUUGCAGCCGAAGCAUCAGAGGAGACUCAAGAAGAGAAGGCCAACUGCUUAGACAAACCUGUAGAUUCAAUCACAGCAAUCCGCGAGGAGGAGGAAGAGCAGGAGCAGGCGAGCAAAGAGGAGGAGUCAGCCGACGACCUCGAUGAAGCAGAAGAGAUAGCAGCAGCGGAGGAAGAGGAAGUCCUUCCACAAUCAGAGACCUCAGGAGAAAAAGAGGACGUUCCAGAAUGAGAUUAUAAACUUGAACCUCCUCUUAAACCAGGAAUCUUGACCAUUGUUUGAAAACGUUUAGUUUUUUUUUCCUUACCAAACACUUUGUAUGGUAGCCAGCACAUCACUUUGACACAACACUGUAGAACAUGUUUUGGGUAAAAUGUGCCUAACAAAAUCAGGGUUGAGGACUGGGAUGACGCAUAGUCAGUACAUCUGAUGAGGAGAUCAGCAAAAGACAAAGAAAUAGUAGAAACAGAGUGGUGACUGCGAAAAACAGACUUAAGUUUGUUUUUUUACUUUUCAAGCUUACUCUUUUUCUGGAGCCCUGCCCUCACCCAGGUUGUCCCUUGUGCACUAAUGGGCCAUCGAAUGCUCUUCCUGCAUCUCCAAUUUUAUCAACACCCUGUGUAGCCAACACAGCUUGCUGAAGGUGUGCAGCAAGCCCUUUCUUCAGGACAAUGGGAUGAAAGUCAGGGAAAAGGCUGUCUGCAGUCAUGUGGAGUAAAGGAGACUGAAAGAGCCAGUGGUAUUGUGUAAAAAUCAGAGGACCACGCAAGUUUCACACAAUCACACUCACAUUCCACACUCCAAACAGAGAAGAAGUUUAAAAAAGAACCUUGUUGCUCCAAAAGCUUUAGUCUUUCUCAAGGAAAAUCUCAUGAAACAAAGUUUUAGCAUUCGGUUUCUCCCUGUUGUUUAUUUUUUACUUUUGAAAAUUUUUGGUCACUCGGUCCACACAGACACCAACGUGUUUUCAGGCUGAACAACUCAGGAAGGCAGAAUUAGAAUCACAAAAGGACUUCCAGUGUCCUUGUCCUUGUAUUUCUCUCUGCUUCUUCUUUCAUCUGUUUGCUUCUAUCUCCUUUAAAUACCCAGGAACGUUGGGCUGGAUUUGCACAGCCUAGCAGUAACCAAAAUGGAGUAAAAAAAGAUGGUAAUGUUGGCAGUUUGGUGAAAUCUUUGCAAGUAUAAAAUAUACUGCUGUGGUGGACAAGGCUAGUGCCGAGUGACAGGGCCAGUUCACCAGAGAUUUACAUAAAGAAGACUUUCUAGACCUGAAAGGUCAGUCGGCAACAAUUAGGCGCUGCGCACCAACAAGAAAAUGUCUAGAUGUCAGAUUUUAAACAAGGGCAUUAUAGCCUUUUCUAUGUUUUCAAAAAAAAAAAGGUAAAGGGAAUUUAAGUAGCAUGUAUAUGUAGCCAGUUUCAAUAGUAGCAUGGAGAGAAAAAAAUAAAACAGAAUAAGAGAUGUAAGCACUUUAAAUAACACAGACACUAACAUUUUUGUUCAAAGUUGACACUGGUCCUGUAGAGAAAGGUUCCUCUGAUUAUACCUUACACUCUAAAAACUGCUGGUUUAUAAAUAACACUGUGGGGUUGAAUCAUUGGUUUCACGCAGCAUAUAUACGUAGUUAUGUUUUGACCCCCGAAGCAAGUUAAAGUGGCUAAUGUCUAACACUAAUGCUGAAGAGAUAAUAGAGCAAAUACAAGUAAACAAAGUAAUAUUUGAAUAAGAUGUAUUAUUUGUAUCUAUAUAUGUCAUAGCCAUUUAUUAUAACCAUCCCGUUUACUUUUUCGAUGUAGUAAAUUUCGUAAAUAUUGAAAACGUUAGGGCACUGAUAGCAACAUACCAACUAAUGAGACAUUACGAACAGUUAAAUUUCAUUCUCAGAAUAUAACACCGUAUAGAAUAUUGAUUUGAUCAAAGCAUGAACGUUGAAUAUAUCUAGCAUUAGGUUGCUGUACCUGGUAAAAGUAACUAUUGGGUACUGAGCAAAAGGCUAAUGUUACUGUUAGAUUAAAUGAACAAACUUGUGUUCUUGUGUGAAUUAAAGUCAUAGCAAACCCCACUGACAUUAACAUCGUUAAUUAAUUGUUAUUUUGCACAAAAAAAGUCCAAAAUUACAAACCUAUGAGGAUUCAUUCUUCUUUUUAACUCUAAAUGUUUGACCCAGUUUUUGUUUAAUCUUCUUUCCCUAAAGUAUGAACCCAGCAUUUGAGUUAAAGGAAUAACCCAGCAGUUGUUUGAGUGUAACUACAGUAUAUCAUAGCAUAUGGCCUGACAGGUGGUGCUCAUGCUCUCCUUUGAUGUCCUCUGAAAUUCUGACUGGUGAUGAUGGAGGACAGCGUGAACACGAAGGACAGCCCCAAGUAAUGAGGCUUAGUAAGGAAACCGGGGCGAUAUGAGAGAAGGGAGAGGAACCUCUUAGCAUUACAUGUAGCUUUCCAUGAAGGGUCAGCAGGGUCUUAAAUAUCUUUAAUAUUUUAGAAGAUUGUUCUAGAUGAAGCUCUUUGAAGAGGAUCCAGUUUGGUUAGAAGUCAAAACCAUGUGAUGAUCUGUGUUUCCGAGCUAUUAACAGAAAAAAGCAUUACAGCCUAUUUAAACUGACAUCAGAAAAGUAUCGAGGGAGGUUUGAGGCUGCUUAGCGUCUUCACUCACAUAGCAGCAAUAAGUAGCUUCCAUCAGAAUCAUAAUUACAGCUGAAAGACUAUUAGCUCCGCGAGAGUUGCAGCUGACUCAAGACGAAGGCAAAGCAGAUUACACUCAGACACUUUGAGGUGCACUUCAUCAAUUCCUUGAUAACGCUUGUAAUGAAUCAGCCAAUUAUAUUUAGGCCCUAAAUGCUGUGAGAACAACCUAUUAAAGUUCAAACUGGAGUUAGAAUGGGAAAGGAAAGGGGAUUGAAAAGGUCAUCGUUGUUAGUUUCAGACUUGAUGGUAAGAGUAUUUUAGAAACCGCUGAUCUACUGCCAUUAUCACAAACAUCUAUCAGGUUUGCAGAGAAUUGUCUAAAGGGGGCGGUAGUUGUGUCAGCGAAAACGCCUUGUUGAUGCCAGGCAUUGGAGGAGAGUAAGUAGACUUUAUUGAGAAGAUUAAAAAAAAGUCACAGUAGUUCAAGUAACCCAACAUUAUAACCAGCGAUUGACUGAAUACAAGUUCUCCCCUUUAUGGCCACAGUGAACCCAUCUUCUCAUGGCUACUUCUAGGAGGAUAAUAAACUAUGUCCCAAAACUCAAUUCAUUCAAAAUUGGUUUCUUGGAAUAACGUUGCAUUCACUGUACUUCAGAGGCCUCUUCAGUCACCAGAUUUCCAUCCAUUAGAAUGCCUUUGGAUGAGGACAUUCAGGGAUGUGGCGCAACUUUAGAAGCUAGCAUUACAUCAUAUCAUGUUUAAUCUGUCAGAUUUAAAAUGCGUGGAGGUCAAACCCUGCACUGACAAAGCGAACUUGAUAAAGUUGCUGGUGAGUGUAAGAGUGAUUGUACUAGAUGUCUAAAGCAAUCAAACAGCAAGGAGGUUUUUACUGUAUGAUAACCUGAGGAGCGAGAUGACAGGUAAUAAACAUAAGAAUUGACGGUCAGCGCCCCUGUAGCUCUCAUAUAGCAGGUGAGUUGCUGGGUAACGAUUGAUCAGUACUAACUACCUGACAUACACCAUACAUGCCCUUUAAGCAGUCAGGCUGAUGUUUUUAAACUCUCUCGAUUUAAAAGAGACUUAUGCAGUCUACUAAACAUGCUUGUUUCAUGUGACAAAAUUUCUUACUCAUUUACUGUUUGCUAAUACUAUUGUAAUGCUGUAGAAAUAUUUAGCUGUAUCAACUGCACUGUUAUGAGAAUGCCCAUUAUAGCACAGGAGGGCUAAAAUGUGCAACAUUAUACCCUUGACCGCUCAUUGGCUUUACUCAGUAACAUGGGGUACUUGAGUUUGUUUGUUACACUAUAAAUUAGGAAGUCUACAACAAUAACACCAUCUGCUUAUUGUUUUUGUCUGCAUGUAAAUCCAAAAGGCUUAAAUAUAGAUGUUUUUUUCUUUAUUAUAACCUACAAGACAUUCCAAUGACCUGCAACAUGAAAAGCAACAUGUGGUAAUGUUAAUCUGAGGACGUCAAGGUCAAAAAAAUAAUAAUUGGCAAAGUAAGAAAACUAAAAUUCAGCAUAAAAUGUAAAUCUCGUUCAUUUGGAUCCAAAAUACCUCCCUGAACUAAUCUCCUCGGACUCUAUCUUUGUAAUGCCUUGACAUGCAGAUAAGCAUGCCCUUAAACAAAAAAAAAUAUGCUUGUAGCUGUAGUUUCAUAAAAAGAGGAACCUUUUGAACUUGAAAUACUAUGAAAGUAACCACAAAACUGUAGAAACAAAUGUCAUUUCAUCACACAAUAUACAAUACAUUACACCUCAUUCCCAUCCAAAGAUCCAAGUCAGUGUUCAGACAUUUUUUUCAUAUUUUUUUCUAUUGUUGAGCUUAAAUUUGAAUAGCCUCGGAGUAUAAAACUCUCUGAGACAAAACAUGUCUUUCUUCUCCAACUGUACAGUGCAACAAUCAAAGAGACUUGAAGCAAUCAAAGCUGUGAUCAAAAUGUGGGUUUCCAUUUGCAAGAUUUUCCAGAUAUGUGUUUUUUUUAGUCACACAUAUGUAUGCAUAGAUUGAAGUCUGCCUAUGUUUGGAGCUCUGCUUGUGCAAGUCCUCAGAAAUUCAAACGUGUGGAUCAGUGUUUUGAAGAAGCAGUAGGAACCAACAGACCGGAUUUGCACUUACUAAGUGCUGUGAAAGAUAUUCGUCCCCUUGGAGAUUUAUUAUGCUUUUUGUCACACUUAAACUUUUCAUGCCACUUUUACUAGCCAGAGAUGGCCAGUGCAAUUACAAAAACAUUUGCAAAUACAAUGCAAAUGUUUUUAAGGAGAUGUGGGGGUCGUUGUGAUAUGCUCCCCCCAGUGGAGCCAUCUUGGCAUUAAGCAGAAUAAACGGGCAGAAAUUACCUCCAGAAUACAACCAGUUGACAAUGUAAAAGUUCAGUUAAAGAACAGUUUUAAUUCUAUAUUUAGUGUGCAAAAAUCUUUCUAAAUUUUUUUUUAAAUCCAAGACUUGUGUAUGUUUUUAAUGAACAAUAACAAUUAAGUUUAAAGAAUAAUUUCAAUAUUUUAGCUUUUUAAAUUCAAUAUUGUAUGUAACCAUUGACAUUUUAAAGAGCAGAUUCAUGUUUUUCUUUUAGAAAACUAGUUUGAAGCCACUUGAUUUUCUGCUCUACUUAUAUCUACCUCCAUAAGUCUGAGAAUUGUCCAAUCCAUGUUGAAUCAUUUCACAACCAUUUAGAGUUAAACACCCAUUUGAUAAAUAACUAAAGGAAAUAAGUGUUAUUUAUCUGUAAUGUCAAAUGAGCCUUGAGAAAAUUAAAUAGAGCAGACAGAUUUGCAAAAUGAUUAAUUCGGUGUACAUAUAUGAAAAAAUAUCUUUUGAGUCUCAUACAGCAUUUUUUCCCCAGAGCAUGAGAGCUAAGCAUAGUGAGUAAGAUAAUCAGAUAAUGUAUAAUUUUAAUAUUUAAAGACAAUUUCUGAGAAAUUGCUAGAUGCACAUAUUUUUUAGAGUAAGUAAGUAAAAUAGGAAAAUUUGUAAGUCAAUUUUUAAGACAUCCACCACAAAAACUUAGCUUAGUAGCACUUACAUUUACCAAACAUUUUGUUUUAUCUCCAUCUAAGCAGGUCAGCCAUGUGAUCAAAAUAGGUGAAGUCCACAGCACUGCUCGUCAUUUUGGUGCAGCUCAAUAUUCUGGUAAAAUAACUUCAUCCAGGCAGUAUUUUCUGCAUCAAAAGUUGUUUGCUUAAUGUAACUAUUAAAUAGUUGUAUUAUUUUGAUGUUCAAAAUCAAGAAAUAUGCAAAAGCAAACAACACUUGAAAGAGAGAACAUUUGAACAUCACUCUGUGUUACAACUUCUGUGGCAAAUUGAUGCAGCACAGCAUCUUCUGCAAAACUAAGAAUGAAGCUAGAAGUUUCUAGCGAGUAAUGGCAUUACAUUAAGAACACCUGACCCAGCUGUAUGUGCAUAACACAAUGGCCAGCCAAUACCAAAGUAGAAACAGAAAAAUUUCCAGGCAUAGAUUUAUUUGGCAAUUUGUCCAGUGAAGUAGAGAAAGUCUGGUAGAAAUGUGGUCUGACAGCAGCAGCUUGGAGACAUAGCAAACCGGCACCCCUCAAAGCUCUCAUUGCCUGUAAUUUUACCACAGUGGCGUAAAUAUAGCUAUAGCUGCUUGUGACAAAAUUUGUGUUUUCAAAAAUUUUAAUUCUAUUAUGAUUUGGCCAGAUGUAAUUUUUGCUCUGGUUCUGACCAGCAUUGUGGUGGACUGUCUCAGUCCAUACUGACUUUGGAUCUGACCAGCAAAAGGAAGAAUCGGGAUAACAAUAGUGUCACCAAAGCACAAUAAAUACGAAACUACGUGGUGUUUGUGUAAAACAAAGUGCAAGUCAAUGGAACCAUCUGAAAGUCUCACUUUUCUACACAUUACUUUUUCACUAUGACAGGCUAUUAUCUGUCAGGCCCCUCUAAGUUUGUCUACAGUUACUUUCCCUAAACACAUUGUUUGGGCCUAAAAGUCAGCCUUCAUGUAAAAAGGCUGUAAGUUUAGUGAUUAAAAGUCAAACCUGUUAUUCGUUUGGCUCAGAUACAGAAAAAGAUUGUUGCUAUGGUGAGUAAAACCCUGCAGGAAAGUUUAGAGAGUUUGACUGAUUAAAUUUAACUGAAUCAGCUGACAUCAGUGAAUGCUUUGUCCUGCCAAAGGCCAAAUGAAAGUGAAAACUGAGUAAAACAACAAAGUACUCCUGCAGAGAUUUUUUUUUUUAGUUCAAAAAUAACACAAUUAUAUGGCUGAAUACUUCACUAUAGCAAUUUAUAGUACCUGUAUAAACUCCGUUGUGUUUGUGUCGCUCAGCGUUUUAAUCCUGGGGUGAAAAGUGUUUUGAACAGAGAGGUUGUUUUUGUUUUUGUUGAUGAGGAGAAAUUCACCUGUGCUUACUUUCACCUGCUUUUCCAAUAAAUAGGUAAGUAAGCUUGGAUUUUGCAUACAGCACAUAAUUGCUCAUACCUGGCAGUUGACCUUUUGGUUUACAAAGUCAUGUUUCUAAAAGAUAUUAUGUGUCAAAAGAGUGGAUUUUAAAAAGAGUUGUCUUUUUUUGGAAAAUAAUAGAAAUGAAAAUGAGGAUUCAGUUACACUCAAUACUUUCAAAACUAUGCUAAAUAGGAUGAUAUAGAACCUUUAAAUAUAACUUUUCAAUAAUGAUUUGUCCUCAAUGCAUUUUUUUUAGCUUAUUAGCUCUUUUUGUCUUUUUAAAACUUUAAAAUACAAUAAACAACAACAUAAUUUGGUCACUUUUCCACCUUAUGAAACAUGAAAAUUGUUAUUUCAUUUGUUUUGGCAUUUAUGACUACUCUUCUUAGCAAUUUUACCUGUUUUUUACUUGUCUGUCUUUCUUUUUUCAAUGUUAGUCAUCCUAAUUCUCCAUGAUGGAAUUAUUGACCUGAUUUAAAUUGGGUUUUUUUUUUAAGAAAAAGAACAGUCUCUAAUCAGAGCCACAUUUCUUAAUUUUGAUCAAGGUAUGAGUGUUUUCUUUGAAAUAUUGUUGCAACCAGAUGUACUUCUGCAAACCAAAGAAAUACUUUUGAGCUUUGCAGUUUUUGGUGAUUUGCACAAAAUGAGCCCUAAACUAAUUUUCUUAUUUUUUUUCUUUACAUUGUUAUGUAGAAUCUUGUGAUGUUGGGAUAUGUAUACAUUAUAUACACAUUUUGUUGUUAUAUGUAAAUGCAGAUUAAACUGAAUGAAAAACUGUCAGCAGUUAUCUAAUAGACCACUGCUUAUAGUGUUAAUAUGUUAAAUUGAUUUAUUCUUUCACUCCCAUGUUAGUGGACUUUGGUAGCACGACAGUUUAACUCACCAACUCUUCACAGACUGAAGGCAUCGUAAACCAAAAAAAUAAUAAUAAUAAAACACUCCAUUUUUCUUCAGCUUGUUGCUUCUGCUAAGUUAAACGGGGUCUUCUCUCCUGUGCCAUAACAUUUUCACAUGUACAUGUAUCUAGAAACUGUUUUAAGGCUUUCCACGUUUGUCUCAAGCAAAACCAAAACAAUUUUCUUCCACCAUCUUAUUUUAUCUGUAAAAUAAGACAAGGCUGGUAUGGUUUUUUCUGCAAUUGCAGUCGCUUCACUGACUCAGUUCUUUAUCUUUUCUCUCUAGUAUCUUGCACUUGACUCAUGUAGCAAUACCUACAGGAUGGGGGAAAUUGUGUGAUUCACCAGUAUUUAAGGAAAAUAUAACUUUUUAUUUCUUGCUAUUGUUUGACUUUGUAUAAAAAUAUAUACUGUACAGAUUUAAAAGUAUAUUAUGACAAAGGAAAAAAAACUUUUAGAAAUAAUAUUUAUUUUUACUGUUUUGUAAUUUAGACACAAUACUGUAGCUCCUCUAUUGCCAGACUUACUGGAAGUGCCUCUCAAUAAUGUAUUACAAAGUAACUAUACAAUAUAUUGGGAUUAUUAGAACCUGUCACUAGCAAGGCAUUGUUGAUGUUGUAUUGUGACUAUUGUUCAAUAAUAAGAUUUAUAAAUGCUG